AUGAAAAAUAUAAGUUCUUUAAGAUCUAAUGAUACCAAUUCGCCUAAGACUCCAGGUGGUAUUAGCAAGUCAUUAUUGACACCAUGUAGAAGACUAGGUCUUUCGCGGAGUUGGCGAAAGAGUGGUCCUUCUCCAUUUAUUUCACCUUUAGCUAGUGUUAGCGCGGACGUUGAAGAAAAGAAAAGCGCUAGCAGGAAACGAAAAGAAUGUUUAUCGGAUGAAAAUAUUCAACUAACUGACAAUAAUACUGAAAAUGAAAUCAGCUCUGAAAACAUUGAACAUACUCCAUCUAGAAAUGUUGAAGCGCCUCGUAGAAAAAAGUCUAAAACAUUACUUGUAGCUAUUAAUGAACCUGAAGAACAGGAACUUAGUAGUAAAGUGUGUAAAGAUGAUCAAAGUAUACUUGAAACCCAGGCUGCUGAUGGUCAUACUGUUGAGCCUGAAGUAGUGUCUACACCUGUAUGUACAAAGCCUAAAAAAAGUAAAAAGCAUGUUUCACCUUUGAAAAGCAGUACUAACGAGCUAAAAAUAAAUCCUAAAUCUGAUGAGCAACUAGAUAGUCCUGAUGUCCCAGUAAAGGAGCAUACAGAAGAAGCUACAUAUGCAAUAAAAGAAAAAAUUCCAAAUGACCUUAGCAAAGAAUGUGUGGUUGUCAUCCAAAGAAAAAUGUUUAAAAACAGUGAGAGUAAUGUUAAAAAUAGCAAACUUAUUAAAGAAGAAAACCCAUUUGACAAAUUAGAUUCAGAUUCAGAUGAAGCGCCUUUAAUUAAAAUACAGAAACAAAAUUCAAUUAAGUCCAAUGAAAAAGUGAUCAAAGAUGAGGAUGAUGAUUUCGUUGAUGAAAACAAAACAUCUAUAGUCAAAUUACAUAAGGUUAAAAAUGCAAAAUCUCCAAAAAAUAAACAAAAGACAACAAAACCAGUGAAAACUAAAUCAUCAAAUACUACCAUUGAAAUUAAACCUUUGCAAAGUUGUUUAGAUGAUGACGAUGAUGAUGAUUUUGAUAACAAAAAAACUAUACUAAUAAAAAAGACUUAUGAUAAAGUUUCCAAACCUACCAAAGCAAAGUCAACAGGCUCUAUUACACAAAGAGACAUAGAUAAACUCAAGGAGAGAAUAGAGGCCAAGAAAAAGCUCCUCUUAGCACAAUCUUUGACUCCUGACACUGAAGAACUGAGAAGUUUAAUAAAAAAAUGGCAAAAGGGAUGUCAAGAUGCAUUAAUGGAACUAUUAGAUUUAAUGCGUAAUAAGUUUUCUGAUAACACGACAAUGGAUUAUUCAGAAAUGUUAAGAACAUUGAAAAUACCUCCGUCUUUAGUUGGAUAUGAUUCCGAGAAUGAUUGUUUUAUUAGUCCUGAUGAUACUAGCAUUAUUUUAGGACAAUUUAAGGAUAUUUAA